GUAGAAAUAGUUAUGAUUCAAACCUUAAAGUUUAUCGCAGUUGGCAUAUUGAUGUGGAUUGCUCUUGAUUGUUGCGAGCAUAGAUAUGGUUGGCAACUAAUAUAUUUACAUGGAAUCUUUGGGAAAAAAUGCACUUUACAAUCAUGCAAUUUACAUCAAUAUGCAAACUACAAUAAUAAUUAA